AUGAAGAUUACUACGUCAUCGUUGAUCGUUUGGUCGCUCGGUACGAUCGAUGGGGAGGAGGGCAGGAUACUAGCGAUAUUUCCUUCUCACAUGAAGAGUCACUACGACGUGUACGAGCCGCUACUGAAGAGACUCUCUGCGAGAGGUCACGAGAUUGUCGCGGUGACGCACUUCCCUCAGAGAAUUCGCCUGGCCAAUUCCACUGACCUGGAUGUUUCGUCCACUUUGCGAAAUCGAACCAACGCUCGUUGCGAUCCUAUGCUGGAUCAUCCAGAAAUGAAGGGGAUUAUUAAUGCAAAGGAACACCUCGAUUACUCGAUUGCGAUUUUUGCCGCCAAUUGCUUCUUGGAUAUCCAACCCUGCUUUAAACAUAUCAAAAGUCGAUACUUCCAGAUACUUUCCGAUGGACCGAGUUACGUGAUCGCGAAAAAGUACUUGGGGCACGAUUUGCCCGACUUUGAUGCUCACCGGUCUAGGAUAUCGUUGAUCCUGACGAACGGCCGUCCGGCCGCGAGCACCGGGCACGUCUUCUGACGCGAGGAAAUCGGAGGUAUUCAUAUUCCGAUAUCGGGCCCGAAGCCACUGGCCGUGGAUCUCUAGGAUUAUCUGGACUCUCAGAGCAGAAACGGCGUUAUUUACUUUAGUCUGGGAUCGCAAAUAGACACGUCCACUAUACCGAACCAGGUGUUUGCCGCCCUUUACCGGGCAUUCGAGCAAGUACCGCAGCAAAUACUGUGGACGUGCGCCAAAGAGAGAAUGCGUCCGCUGCCGGGAAACGUUAAGUGCAUCGGGUGGACGCCACAACUCUCCGUAUUGUGUCAUCCGAAUAGCCGGCUGCUAAUCUAUCACGGAGGACUACUUGGAUUACAAGAGGCAAUUUAUUGUGGGGUGUCGAUUUUAGGAAUAGGGGAUCAACACUCGAACAUCGCCUAGAAGGGACUGGCACUACAAUUGGAUUUGCAACAGUUCUCGUACGAGCGUUUUUCGAACAGUCUAAACGAAAUAUUGUUAAACAAAAGGUAAAGUUUGAUCUCUAAAGAUUAAACAAGGAGUAUACAUACUUUUAUCUUUACUUGCCAUUAAUAUUGUUCAGUUUGCAUAUUUUACAGUUACGCGGAAAUAGCACCAAAGGCUUGUUUUCAAUGCAAAGACUCUUGUUAAAUUUGAAGGAUAAUAAAAUAUUUAAAACUUUAAUAAAUCAUUAAAAAAAUACUCCAAUUUUAUAUUAUGUUUGGUGCGUUCUAUGCAUAUCGAUUAACUCGUUUGAAGUGUUGAAAACCCUAAUAAUUUGUAAAAGAGGCGAAAAAGUUAUCGACACCACAGACACCUAUCGAGACCAUCUGCUUCAAUGAGUAGGCAGAACCUAUCAAGCAUCUGUUGCAACAAGUUAUUGGAAGUCUGUCGGUAAUUGUCAGGUGAACGACCGUAAUCUCGGAUUAAUUGAACCUCUUCCUCGUUACUAGAAAUCCUGAUAUAGCUUAACAUAGCUCGACAAAGACUAAAGACAGCUGAGACGCGGCUUUUUACACAGUGGAAAGACGAUGACGAUGAAAUUAAAUUUCUACAAAUUUUAAGUACAAAGGACUUCAAUCUGCUUCAUCUCUGUAAGAUGCAAUUAAUGAAAUUCUAUAUUUACUUGUAAUCAUUGCGAAUGAAUUAUAUCUUACAAAAACCAUGAUUUCAACUUAUUACAUCCGCAUAAGGAAGCGCGGAACAUUUCACAUUAUUAAACUGUAUUUGUUCAAGCUAUCAGUUGAGUUUUUCUGAUCCGACCUGUGCAUUCGCGAUGUAUCCAUCGCUUUUAUCGCG